ACAAACUCCCCCCCCCCCCCCGCUUGCGCCGAGGUUUUGCCUACGCGAUAAAUUCCGGGGUGGGGAAGUGGCCUUGUGGUGCUGCCUCUAGUCGCUCAGAAAUCACCCUCAGUUCUACACGGAAAGCUAGGUCUCCGACUACUAUGGAAGGACAGCAAGGGCAAGAAAGCCCCGUAACCCUAGCACGUGCCCAGGCUCAUUUCAAGAAAGGCGAAUAUGCGGAGGCCGAAGCACUGUACUCCGCUUACAUUCGCCAGUGCGCCUGUGCGGGCUCCGAGGGAGCGGCGCCCUGGAGCAAAUGCAGCCCUGAGGAUUUGGCUACUGCAUAUAACAACAGGGGGCAAAUCAAGUACUUCAGGGUUGAUUUUUAUGACGCCAUGGACGACUACACCUCUGCCAUAGAAGCCCAACCCGAUUUCGAAGUUCCGUAUUACAACAGAGGGUUGAUACUGUAUAGGCUGGGAUGCUUUGAUGAUGCUUUGGAAGAUUUCAAGAAAGUACUAGACUUAAAUCCUGGAUUUCAAGAUGCUAUUUUGAGCUUAAAACAGACUAUUCUAGACAAAGAAGAAAAGCAAAGAAGAAAUUACUGAAAAUUUUAACAUAAUUGUAAUAGUCACUCAUGGUUCUUGUGUGGCAUCUCAUUGCGUCUGAUUGAAAGUGGGUGCUAAGCUCUUUUGAUGUAUAUUUAAUGUAAAGAGGUUCAUGGCGUAGCACUGAAAGUGAAAUGAUGUAUGUAAGGUAGUUAAUUUUGGCUUGGGUAACUGUUGAAUAGGCAUGCUUUUAUAAAGUGUAAAUAAGUAAUAACAUUGUAUAAUUGUAUAUUAUUCUUACAGUAAAAUAUUUAAAGAAAUGUGA